GUCGCCGCCGAGUUGCGAGUCGGCGACAGCGGCGGGAAGUUCGUACUGGGCCGAAGGCGACGGGUCUGCGGCUCGGGGUUAAGAAAAAAGACCUGGAGAAGUUGGGUCUUGUCUGAAUUCAUAGGAGGUGGACCUGGACCAUGACUUUAAUUCAGACCAUUCUUAGGAAAUAUCCGUUUGUUUCUCAUCAUGUUAGACUCAAGAGAUACCAAGUGAAAAAUGCCUCGUGUGAAAGCAGCUCAGGCUGUAAGACAGGGCCCUGCAAAGAGACGUCUUGCAGAACAAUUUGCAGCUGGGGAGAUAAUAACUGACAUGUCAAAAAAGGAAUGGAAACUAGGAUUACCCAUUGGCCAAGGUGGCUUUGGCUGUAUAUAUCUUGCUGAUAGAAAUUCUUCAAAAUCGGUUGGCAGUGAUGCACCCUGUGUGGUAAAAGUGGAACCUAGUGACAAUGGACCUCUUUUUACUGAAUUGAAAUUUUACCAGCGAGCUGCUAAACCAGAGCAAAUUCAGAAAUGGGUUCGUACCCAUAAAAUGAAGUACCUUGGUGUUCCUAAGUAUUGGGGAUCUGGCCUACAUGAUAAAAAUGGAAAAAGUUACAGGUUUAUGAUAAUGGAUCGCUUUGGGAGUGACCUUCAGAAAAUAUAUGAAGCAAAUGCCAAAAGAUUUUCUCGGAAAACGGUCUUGAAGCUAAGCUUAAGAAUUCUGGAUAUUCUGGAAUAUAUUCAUGAGCAUGAGUAUGUACAUGGAGAUAUUAAGGCCUCAAAUCUUCUUCUGAGCUACAAGAAUCCUGACCAGGUUUACUUGGUAGAUUAUGGCCUUGCUUAUCGGUACUGUCCAGAAGGAGUUCAUAAAGAAUACAAAGAGGACCCCAAAAGAUGUCAUGAUGGCACUCUUGAAUUCACCAGCAUUGAUGCACACAAUGGCGUGGCCCCAUCAAGACGUGGUGAUUUGGAAAUACUUGGUUAUUGCAUGAUUCAGUGGCUUAGUGGCCAACUCCCCUGGGAGGAUAAUUUGAAAGAUCCUAACUAUGUUAGAGAUUCCAAAAUUAGAUACAGAGAAAAUAUUUCAGAUUUGAUGGAGAAAUGUUUUCCUGAGAAAAACAAGCCAGGUGAAAUUGCUAAAUACAUGGAAACUGUGAAAUUACUGGACUAUACAGAAAAACCUCUUUAUCAAAAUUUACGUGAUAUACUUUUGCAAGGACUAAAAGCUAUAGGAAGUAAGGAUGAUGGCAAGCUGGACCUCAGUGUUGUGGAGAAUGGAGGUUUGAAAGCAAAAACAGCAACAAAGAAGAGAAAGAAAGAAAUAGAGGAAAGCACUGAAUCUAGUGUUGAAGAUAUGGAAUGCUCAAAUAUACAGACAGAGGAGGCCGCACAAACCCGUUCAAGAACCAGAAAGAAAGUCCAGAAGUAAAUCAAAUGCAGUGAACCAACUUUUUUUCCCUUUUCAUUUGACUUUUUUUCUCCUUUUCUGUUUUAAAUUUUAUUUUCAUGGGAGUGUUGAGGGGUGGGAAUAAUAAUUAAAUACCUAUGUCUUUGAAAAACAAACUUUUUUUUUAAUUAAAAUGAACCCUUGUACAGUUUAUUAAAGACUAGUUUAUGAAAUU